UGAAAGUCAGGUACAAAAACAUGUUUGGGUGCUCUGGUUAGCUGAAGAGUAAAAGUGAUUUAUAUAGUAUUUCCUUAUUGCCAGUGCCAGUAUGCACCCUAGACUUAGAAGACUAGUUGUCUGGGGACAGAUCAAAUUGUGUACCUUAAGAUGUCCCCUUUCCUAAAAUCAUGUCACAAAUUGUUAGUAAAAACAAUCUCAGUAAGGUUUUACUGCUCAUGACUUUUUAUAAAACACUGAUCCGCUACCCAAAAAGCUCCUUGCAUCUGUUCCUUUUUUAAGAAGUGGGAGUGUUAAACAGCCACGCGUGCGUAUUUAAUGUAUAGUCGGUAGGCCAUAGUUCUUCGAUUCAUCCCUCUGUGAGCCAGCGCUUUCCCCUUUAUCCCGUGUGUUACAGCUCCCCAGCCACCACUGAUCUUCCUUUUUUUCCUCCAGAGCCGUUUCAUGUUGUCCCCUGUCUCCCCUUGCCCCCCCAUCCCAGGAUGAACACCAACGUCAUCUUGCCCUCACAGAUCCUAGAGGCUGGAGAGGGAGAUGUUAAACAGAUGUUAGUAUGUAUUAUAUAUAAAUAUGUCAUGGUAGAUUUUUAAAGUUCACUGAACAGACGUAGGUAUGGUGAGAACAGAAGGCUUCUGAGGAAAUGACACUGAAGGUGAAGCUUAGAGGGUUGGGAGUGGGGUGCUACCAUGGGACUUAUCAAAAAGCUGAUUUAUUGUAUGACAUAUCUGGCCUUUGCACCAGUGGGGUGUGGAGGAGGGAUUUUAUUGACAGCUCUUAUAUUACAUACAUACAUAAUCGCAUUUAAAUCUUACUUACCAAGAUCUUAAAAAAUUCCUAAAACUAGCUGAAAGAAGACCAUGUUGGUGUCACGGGCUCUUAACAUAAAGGAGGAAGGCAACAUGAAUAAAAUGUUCUCUGUUCUCAAGGUCAUAGAGGGUAAAGAGGGUACACAGGCUCACAGUUGUCUAAAACGGCAGAAUAAGUGCUGUGAUGGUCCUCGUGUCAUAAACGUUUAUUCAGCACCUACUAUAUACCAAGCAUUGUACCAGUCACUGAAGUUAAAGCAGUGAACAAUGGACAUACAGCUGGAGCCAGGAGAAGCUAAAGGUAAGGAUCCAAGUUGGGCAGUUGUAGAGUGUAAACCAGUUGCCAUCAAGUCGAUUUGGACUCAUGGUGAUCCCAUGUGUGUUGUUAGAGUAGAACUGUGCUCCAUAGCAUUUUCAGGGACUGAUUUUUUGGAAGUAGAUCAUCACGUCUUUUUGUCGAGGUGCUUCUGGGUGGACUCAAGCCUCUAACCUGCCUCAGCAGCAGAAAGCAUUAACCAUUUGCACUGCCCAGGGACUCAGUGAGGAUUUUGAAUGAAAGUGGUAGCAGUAGAAAUGGAAAGAGGAGAUGAAUUUUGAGAAUCACAGUAUGAGGUAUACGGUAGCUUAUUAGGUGUGUGGGAAUGCAAACUCUGGAAAGACUCACCUUACAUAUUUUAGUGAUGGUGCCAUUCAUAGGCAAAUAGGAGCCAGCAAGAACAGGAGCUUGAUGCUGGGUGGAAAAGGUCUGCAUUUGAUUCUGCAUCUGUUAAAUUUCAGGCAUCAGUGGGGAGGGUAGGCCUAGAGCUCUGAAAAGAGAUUGAGACUAGAGAGAAGAAUUAAGGUUUGAGACAGCAAAAGCUGAGAUUUCCAAGAAAUGACAUUUGAAGGCAGAAGUAGGCUGAAGGCCGAAAUGGUGGGAGCAGGUACAUUUAGAGGCAAAGAGGAAAGCUCUAGGAGAACAUUAAGUUGAUGACAGCUGAGGAAAGGCUUUCAUUUUUGUUCAUUCAAUUUAUUGUUUUUUAACUUCUUACUAUAGAAAAUAUCGAGCAUUUACCAAAGCAGAGACAAUAGCAUCUAUAAAUCCCUAUGUACCAUCACUCUACUUUCAUACUCAGUGAUUCAUGGCCAAUCAUUUUUCACCUGUAGUCCCACUCACCAGAUAUUUUGAAUCAAAUCUUAGGUAUCCUGUCAUUUCAUCUGUAAGUAAAUAUAUUAGUAUAUCUCAAAGUUUAUCUUUCUUUGUUGUUUUUAGGCACAAUUGUAAUAAGGAAGGACUGUUCGUGGUUUUUUUUUUGUUUUUUUUUUUGGUUUAUGUUUUUAAAGAAAGUUUUGGUGGUGGCCUUUUUUCCUCAAAUAAAAAACCUCUACUGGUUUUCCUGAUUAUAAAGCUAAUACAUGCCCAUGAAACAAUACAGAGAAGUAUAAACCCAUUGGUGUCAAGUUGAUUUCGCUUACAGCAACUCUGUAGGACAGUAGAACUGCCCCAUAGGGUUUCCAAGGCUGUAAUUUUUACAGAAGCAGACUGCCAAAUCGUUUUCCCACAGAGCGGCUGGUGAAUUUCAACCACCAACCUUUCGGUUAGCAGCUGAGCACUAAAGCACUGCACCACCAAAGAUUAAAAAAUACUCGAAAUUCCACCACCCAGUUAAAUCCAUGACUAGUGUUUUGGUGACCAUCCUUGCAAACUUUUCUCUGUUAAUAUAAAUAUACACGUGUACAUGCAUGUGUACUUUCCCCCAUUUGCUAGGUCAAGAUCAUUACUGUAGAUAACUUUUUAUAUAGGUAAAUGUUCACCUGUCUCCUGCUUUUUAAUGGGGCAUGAUAUUCCAUUGUGUGGGUGCUUCAGCUUGGGUGAUAGCUGUUAAAAUUUUGUUAUUAAGGCAUAUCUUAUAUACAGUUAAGUGUGCAAAUCUUAAAAUGUACAGCCAUUGUUGUGAGGAUUAAAUGAGAUUACAUGAAGUGGUUAGCAGUGGAAUUAAGGAAAGUCAAGGCCAAAUGGAGGGGGUUAAGGAGUGAGUGGACAUAAUGAGGGAGGAGUCCUGAGGAAUGAUGAAGUCCCAUGAGGGUGACUUGAAGGGUGGUGAUGGCUGAAGAGGGCAUUGGCAUUGCUCUGACAUGCUGGAAAUUUAGAACAUAACUAGAUAGAACUGGUAGCUGGAAAAUGGUUGUUACUGUUUCCUUGGCAUCUUAAAUUCUGUUGAGAUUUCUAAAUUUUAUUUUUUGCCUCAGUGAUUAUGCUUUUUAAUCUCCUUUUUCUCUAAGACUCGUCAGCAAACUGGUCUGUGGGCCAAAUUCACCCCACCCCCUCUUUUUGUACAUCCCACUAGUUAAGAAUUGUUUUUGUGUUUGUAACGGGUUAAAAAAUUAAUAAAAGAAUAACUUCUUGUGACACAUGAAAAUAAAUUAAAAUGUCAUUGUCCAUAAAUAAGAUUUUAGUGGAACUCAGCCACACUUACUCAUUUAUGUAUUGUCUAUGGCUGCUUUUGCACUACACUGACAGUUGAGUAGUUGAGACAAAGGCUGCACGGUCCACAAAGUAAAAAGAAAACUGACUCUCUACAGAAAAGGUUUGCCAACCCCUACUCUAAAAUAAUAGGAAUCAUUUUCAAAACAAGCAGACCUCUAAAUCAUAAGGCUUGUUAACAAGAGGCAAAGAUGGUAGGUAAAUAAAUCUACUGAUAAAUUUCUUGUCUCCAUUAAAUGUCUGUGUCCCCCAUACAUAUACCAACUAGUCAAAUUGGAUAGACUCCUUUCCUGUGCUAAAGCAGGUACAUCUUUAGCUUGGUGGAUCUUAAUAUCCAAUCAAAGUAUCCUAAAGGAAGUAGAUGGCAAAUGUUAUUCAUAGCUUAAAGAAGAGGAUCUUUUCACAGCUUAACUAGGGGUGGGUGGGGCUUCUACUCUAACAGCAUAGGGUCUCUAGCUUUUUCUUUCUCUACUUUAUUGUGCAAAAUUUCAAACCAAUUAGUGGUUUGCCGCUUUUGCUUUAUGCAUAGUAUAUAUAUAUAUACUUUUUUUGGCUCAACCCUUUGAAAAUAAGUUACAGGCAUGAUGUUUCACCCUUAAAUAUUUUAGCAUACAUCACCUAAGGAUAAGGACUUUCUCCUUACAUAACCAUAAGAAGUUUGGCAUAAAAUAUAUAGUAUGUAUUCAUAUUUCCCCCAAUUAAACAAUGAUGGCCUUUAAACUUUUUAUCCAGCGUGCUAUCAAGGAUUAAAUACUCCAGUCCAGAAUAGGCCCCUCCUCCUCAGCUUCAAUCUCAUGCUACUGACGUUUUUGAAGAGUCCAUAACAGUUGUAAACCAAAAAAAAAAAAAAAAGAACCCAUUGCCGUCAAGUCUAUUCCGACUCAUGGGACCCUAUAGGACAGGGUAGAACUGCCUCAUAGAGUUUCCAAGGAGUGCCUGGUGGAUUCAAACUGCUGGCCUUGUUGGUUAGCAGCCAUAGCUCUUAACCACUACGCCACCAGGGUUUCUGGUUGUGUUGCACGAUGCCCUAAAUCUUGAUUGUUUCCUCACUGUUGUUACUUCCAGCUGCCAUCAAGCCUGCCUCGCAUCUACCACAUGUACAACGGAACAAAACUGCCUAGUCCAGCGCCAUUCGCCUGGUCAGUUGGGGAUUGUUCCAUUGUGAUCCACGGGGCUUUUAUUGGUUGAUUUUAGGAAGUAGGUCACCAGGCCUUUCUUCCUAGUCCAUCUUAGUCUGGAAACUCCACUGCCGGACAGGUGGUGGCUGAACAUGAGGUGCGUUGGCUGGGAAAUGAACCCUGUUCUCCUGCAUGCAGGGUGAAAUCUACCACAGAACCACCAGUGUCCUCUCUUUAGAACCUGGUUAAACGUUUUGGCAAGGAUACUGCACAGAUGAUGUGAGCUUCCAAUUAUAUCCCCUCAAAAUCCAAACCAAACCCAUUGUUGAGUCGAUUCCAACUCACAGCAACCCUAUAGAACAGAGUAGGACUGCCCCAUAGGGUUUCCAAGGAGCACCAGGUGGAUUCAAACUGCCAGCCUUUUGGUUAGCAGCUGUAGCUUUUAACCACUGCGCCACCAGGAUUUCCAUAUGCCCUCAAGAGGCACAUAAAUGUCAGUUCUAGCUUUUUAUUACAUCUACCCACCAGCUGAUGAAACGCAGCGUAAAGUAGCAAUAAGGUGGGAAAAAUGGGGUUUGUGUUCAGACCUUCAUUCAAAUCUGACUUACAUGUUGUAGCUGUGAUUGUGGAUAAGUUACCCAUCCUUCCUAUGCUGCAGUUUUCUUAUCUGAAAACGGGAGCUACUUUACAGGGCUAUGAGAGUGAAAAAUUGGUGAGAUUGUGUCUUAUGUUAAUGGUUGUGCUUGGGAAAAUGGUAUAGGCCUAGCCAUCCUCCUAAGCCCUGCAGGUUUUCUUCACUGUUUACCUGGGAAGCUUGUCCUUACCAGCACAAGUUUGCAGAGGCAUUGUUCAGGUUGCCCAGUUUCAUUUCAUUUACCGACAUUGGGAAGUUCAGUUGAACACAAAGACACAAGUGAGAUGCUUCUGUGCAGCUCCUGGCUCUUCACAGCUGUAGCCAUCCCUUUGUAUCUGACGAUUAGUCCCCAGUAUUUUGAUUUUAGAAUUACCUUGUUUGAGCAAGUCUAUGCUCUAAGAUUAGAUUCUGCACAUUUCUCUGAAAACAUGGAGAAUGUCAUUUAAGAUACACACUUGCCUGGUAUAAACGAGGACAGGCUUUUGAGGCAGAUGUGGACUCAACAGUGCAACUUUGUGACCUUAGGCACAUUAGUUAACCCGUGAGCCUCAGUUUCCUCAUCUGUGAAGUGAGUAUGACAGUACCAGAUAAGGAUGUGAUGAUUGGGAAGUAAUCUCUUCCCAAAGAGAGAGGUGACAUGAAUUACUGUGGGGACAAAGGGGGGGGGCUAGCUGGUGACCUGGGAGCCCAGGAGGUCCUGCUGGUUCAUGGGCUCCAUUGGUCUAUUAUCUGUGGAAUGUAAUGGGAAAAGUUGAAGGUUCUUUGGGCAGUAAUCUGAAACCUGGUGAAACAAGGACUUCUGAGAUGGGAAGAAAGCCUCAGGGAAGUGGCAAGGUAACAAAAUCACCACCAUCCCUCUCCAUCCCUUUCCAUGUCUAACCCCAGAUACUUCCUGAUGAAAGAAUUUGGCUCCAGUGGAUGGAAAAACGAGAAUUCUCAACUGAUGAUGGACAGAGAACAGUUAGGGAAUUGGGAUUCCCAAGAGCCGGAACCCAGGAAGGUAAAGGAUGUGACUACCCAAUGGGACAGGAGGGCCCAAAAGCUAGGGUGGGAGUCUUUACUACUAACAGCCAAUAGUCCCCACCAUCACUGUCGCAGUCAUCUCAUGCUGCUAUAAUAGAAAUACCACAAGUGAAUGGCUUUAACAAAGAGAAAUUUAUUUUCUUCACAGUAAAGUAGGCUAAAAGUCCAAAUUUAGGGCAUCAGCUCCAGGGGAGGGCUCGCUCUCUCUGUUGGCCUUCUCAUCAAUCUUCCCCUGAACUAGGAGCUUCUCCGCUCGGGGACCCGGCAUCCAAAGGACACGCUUUGCUCCCAGCACUGCUUUCUUGGUGGUAUGAGGUCCCCAACUCUGCUUGUUUCCCUUUCAUCUAAGAUAAAAGGUGGUGCAGGCCACAACCAAGGGAAACUCCCUUUACGUUGGAUCAGGGAUGUGACGUGAGCAAGGGUGUUACGAUCCCACCUUAAUCCUCUUUAACGUAAAGUUGCAAUCACAAAAUGGAGGACAACCAUGCAAUAUUGGGAACCAUGGCCCAGCCAAAUUGAUGUAUUUUUUGGGGGAGAUACUUAAAGCCAUGACAACCACCAAGAACCUACCAUCCCUACUAAAAAAUAAGAAACAAGACUGAGAACCGUGGCCUGGGAGGUACUUUGCUGGGGACAAAUUACCUAAUAAGCAAGGUAUGCAUGGGCUUACUUGUGUUGCUUACUAAUCUGUAGUGCACAAUUUCACCUGUUUUUCAACACAUCAAAGAGUAGGACAUAAAUAAGUCGUGUGUACCUUGCUUACUGAUUAGUCUGCCCCUGUAAUUGUCCUGUUCAUCAUUAGGUCCCCGGGACUUAGUAUAGGACCUGCCACACAAUUUGAGAUGAGUAAAACUUUUAUAAAGUGGCAGCGCUGAGGCUCCCCAGACCCAGCAAAGGAGCCAGCACAGUCACUCGGUUAAGGUCUGAGUAGCAGGAGUGAGAAAGAGGAGUUUGUGCCCUGUGUGCUAUGUCAAUUCUUGCCCUAGAGCUUCAUUCCCUUACAACCUGUUUUGUUGUUUGGGGCCCCAGGUGUAAUUUGUUUUUCAUAGAUUCCUGGUGAACAUAGUAAGUGGAAAAAAAAACUAUCCUAUAGGAUAGUUGGGUGAUCACAGUUUCUUCAUUAAUAGAAAAUUUAGACUAUAUAGGUAAUUUCUGAGAUCCCUCUCAGCCCCAAAGCUUUGUGAUUUUAGUUUAAAAGUUUUAAGGGGGAUAGGGCAUUCAUUCAAUAAAUAUUACUGUGACCUUGUGCUAGAAACAAGGGAUACAAAAUGAAUAGGUUAGUCUACCCUUGGGUGGUGCAAAGUCAAGUGAGAAUUUAGUGCCACUAAAUGCUUAGAACACUGUGUAAGGUUUGUAGUAAGGUUCAUUUCUUCAACACAUAUUGUAUGCCAGGCACCAUUCUAAGCACUUUACAAUUUAUUUAACCUCACGAUAGUUCCACUAAAUUAAAAACCAGAUGCUAUCGAGUAGACUCUGACUCAUGGCGACCCCAUGUGUGUUAGGGCUGUGCUGAUUAUCAGCCUUCAGAAUACAAAUAGCUGAUUAUUCCUAAGUAGAUGGCCAGGUCUUUCUUCUGAUGCACUCCCGAGUGGACUCAAACCUCCGCACGUUCAUUUAGCAGCAGAGCCUGUUAACCCGUUGUACCACCUGAGGACUCCCCAUUUCUUAGCUAAAGAAACUGAGACAUAAAGAGCUUAACAAACUUGCCAGUAAGUGGCAAAGAUUCAAACCUAGACAAUCUGGCUUUAGUGGCCAUGUUCUAUCACAGUCUUCAUUACUAAUGAGACACCUGGGAGGGACAUGUAUGAAAGUGCUCAGAUUCUUUAUUGCUGCAAGUUCCUGGCGAUUUUGUGACAUCAAGUAGGUUUUGAUCACAUUUUCCUUGGACUUUCGUGAGGUUUCCAUCAGUUUAACAGGUCGCAUGGGGGGUGGGGCUUUUUUAGAGUCCACCAGGACCUGAGUUCAAAUUCUAGAUACACCACUUGACUGGUGAACAUAACCAAGCCUGAACCUCAUUUGUGUAACAGGAAUAACCAUCUUCUUUACUGGGAGAUUAUGAGGAUUAAGUAUUAAAUUGAGCUGCUUGAAAUUGCUGUUUCUGGAGGUCAGAAACGGUCUAACGUUAUGCGCUGGUGAAAUCUAUCAAAACGGUAACGAUUCUUUCCUUUGCGCUCCUGAUUUUUCAAAAAUCCCAACCCUAAAUUCUUUAUCUUGCCUAAGACAUUGUUCCACCCAAGGGUUUGGGUGGCCCUUGGGGCCCAGAGGUCCAAAAUCUCCAGCCCUAAAUUCUCCUGCCUAAGGCAUAUUUCUGCCCAACGCUUUGUGUGGCCCUGAGGGCUGAGAGGCUGCACACUGUUGACCUACCGUGGAGUCCAAUAAAUUAGCCACGGGACAGCCUCCUGGGAUUUAGCAGUUCCUAGAAGAAUCCUACAAAAAAGUUUGGCAGCCAGCCACAAGCACAUCCCUUGGGGACCGAAGAAGCCAAGAGCCUUGACACAGGCUCCACGGCCGGCCACACAGACAGCGUCCUUUCGCCCACGGCCUACUUUGUCCUUGUUUGUCGCUGUAGUGCAGUGCCAUUGGUCACGCUUAGGGAGCGGCAUGCCUCGUACAAGGUCUCGGGCACCGCGCGGGCUCUGCCGUUAGACUGUCGACCUAGGCACUGCCUACAGGUCCCUGAACCUCUCGGGCCUGUUUCCUUUUGCGGAGAAGGGCGCUAAUACCUCCCUUCUUUGUACGGCGGCUUUCAGUUCAACUCAGGUUCUGCCGGCUCGGGCCUGGGGUUGCGCCAGCUGCGGCGAGAGGUCGUCCGCGGGACACUGCAAGAGGCGCGGAGGGCGGGUGUGCGCCAAGGCGUUGAGUUCGCGAACACUCGGCGCACAGCCCCAGCCCGGCAUCAAUAUCAAUACCUAACUUCGACCGUAGACAGAACUAAACCUCGACAGCCCCAGGCUCGGACCAACGAAGACUCAGACCGUAGUGUCCCCGAAAGGAGGAACGGACACUACGCGAUCCCGCGGAACACUUGGGACAAGCCCAGGGCAGGACAGGCCGGAAAGGACCCGGAGAGGACAACCCGCGCCUGCGCGCCGCCAUCUUGCUAAGGCAGACUCGGCUUCCCUCCCGGGCGACCGCUCCUUAGCUAUGAGGCGGGGCUGCGCGAUCCGGCGGGGCGGGGGCGGGUCAUGGCCGCCGCGGAGCCCACGGCGCGCGCGGCGCGGGCGUCUGCCCAGAGACCCCGGCCCACUGGGGCUCCGGGCCGCACAGCAGGGGCUGCGGGGCCGCGCUCCGGGAGAAGCGGCGGCGGCGUCCCCCAGCAGGGGGAACGGACCUCUGCGGCCGUAGAGAAGCGCGGGCCGUACAUGGUGACGCGCGCGCCCUCCAUUCAGGCCAAGCUGCAGAAGCACCGGGACCUGGCCAAGGCCGUUCUGCGGAGAAAAGGCAUGCUGGGGGCCUCACCGAACCGCCCCGACUCUUCAGGGAAAAGGUCAGUGAAGUUUAACAAGGGCUAUACCUCUCUUAGCCAGAGUCCAGAUGAAAACCUGGUGUCCCUUGACUCUGACAGUGAUGGGGAGCUGGAAUCCAGAUACUCCUCCGGGUAUUCCUCUGCAGAGCAGGUGAACCAGGAGGUGAGCCAGCAGCUGCUCCAGGAUGGGUAUCACCUGGAUGAGAUUCCAGAUGAUGAGGACUUGGACCUUAUUCCCCCCAAGCCUAUGACCUCCUCAACUUGCUCCUGCUGCUGGUGCUGCCUUGGGGACUCUUCCUCCUGCACCCUCCAGUAGGCAUAACCUCAGGCAGACACCAGAGUUGGGCCACAAGGCCUGCAGGGCCCUGGUGGCCCUUCAUAGCUCAAAGAGUGCAGUGGAAACUGCUGUUAGCCCCUGACUCAUUGGGGGCACUGAGAGCCCCUGGGAAGGUCAGUAACCAACAGGUGGACCUUACCUUCUGCUUCUUGGGCCAGAAGCCCCUAUCUGGGCCAUGGGGUCAUAGGUGGAAUUCUGCAGUUUUCACUCUGCUGUUGGAGCAGUUUGGAGAAACCACUUUAAUAAGAGCAGAAAAUACAGGAAUUUUGGUUCUUAUGGUGGAUGACAAAGUGGCUAAGAAAAGCACUAGAGACAUCUUGACUGGUAUUUGUCAUCAUGCUCUAAACCAAAAAAACCAAACCUGUUGCGGUCGAGUCGAUUCCGACUUAUAGCAAGUAGAACUGGCCCAUAGUUUCCAAGGAGCGGCUGGUGGGUUGGAACUGCGGACCUUUCGGUUCGCAGCCGAGCACUUUAGCCACUGUGCCACCAGAGCUCCUGCAGGGAGUACAGCAGGUUACUUGACACAGCAGGAUCAUGGCUUCUAGAAUCCCUGGAUUUGGUGCCUCCCCCAAGUGGUCUCUCUGGGUAGGUUUAGUUAGUGGUCAGUCCUUGCUUAAGAGAAAAACCGCUCUACCACAUAUGUAUUUAACUAUACUCCUUGAUUGCUAUUCUCCACCUCCGUCUUGGCUAGUUUCUCCACCCAGUCUUUGAACUAAGGGUUGGGUGAGGAAAUGGGCGGGCCCCAGAAGCCUGAAGUUUUUGUAGUUACCAGCAGAGGGAGCCGCAGGGAGCAGUCUGGUCCCUUGUCUAUACAGCUUUUUAAACUUAAGAGGUAUAGCUGGUGCAGCUGUGUGUGCUCUGGCCUAGACUGAGGCUCACAGACAGGACGAGGAGGAGGGAACUAAGCCAGUUCACAAGGCCUGAGACCAAUCUGCCAAUGCAAGAGACCUCCCCUCACCCCAGCAUGGCCCAUUCCUACUGUCAUCAGUCCUCCAGAUUCCUCAGUCCACAGUGUGGGUCCAGCUCAGGUGCAGCAGAGCCUCUCAGCCCCCAGCCUGAACACAGCAGAGACAGCAGUUUCCCAGUGGUCCCCACUAGGCAGCAUCCUUUGCUGUACUGGGCCUCUAGAAUUUGCUUUUCAGUGGUUCUUUUUGCCUCACCCAGGGCUGGUCUGAACGGGAAUGGACAGGGUUCCCAGCCCAAGGGGCAUGACAGUUAGGAUUAGACCCCACCUGCGAAUGUGUGGCUUCAUAUAUGUCCUGUGACUGCUUAGAGGCAUGAGGGAUGGCACUGACUUUUCUUAUGCUACCAUGAGGUGAGCAGAAGACUGAGAAAGAUAAACAGAUGAGGCCUUGUCAUUGCUGGACCACCAUCCCCAUGAGAGCAAUCCCAUCAGUGCUUGAUUGGCACCUGUCUUCGUAUUUUUCUCAAACUGUGGAAGGUCAAGGGGGAUACACAGUAUCUAAGGGGCUAUAGCUGACUUUUAUGCUACUAGCUAGCAGCUCCACAGCAGUAGGGAGGUGGAACAGUGCCCAGAGACAGAUCAGGCUGGGGUCUGGGAAUAGGGAAGGCAGCUAGAUGGUUAUUCUGAAACGGGACUCUGCAAGCUCUGCCCAGGUGCCCAACCUUCUAAGCACUUUGUGCAAAUGCUGGCAGGGAGGGAAAACAUUCCAUUCUGACCCCUUUGCCCAUCCACAGACUGUCCAGGCCCUUCUGGCUUCUGCAGAGGAGGAGAAGUGUGCACAAGGAUAGGGCUCAGGUAUAGGAGUGUGUGCUGGGGGUGGGGAGAGCUCAGUGGGGGCCAGAAGGUGGCUGCGGAAGCCAAGUGUGGAGCCACAUUUCUGUGGCGUAGCUGGCUAGGACUCAGUUGCCUGGGCAUUUGGCAUCUGCAGGGAGUGAAGGCAACAACAGGCCCCCAAGACCAAGGCCCUCCGGGCGCCGUUGCUAUGAUCAACGCUGAUGUUUGGCUGCAGCUGUCCCUGGAGAUGAUGUCCCAGAGCUGGUUGACCCCAUGUAGGAGGCAUUUCCUGUGUGGAAAAACUGUAGGUCCUGAAGCAGAAGACAGUGUGCAAUAAGGCAGGGUGAAGUGGUUAGCUUUUUGGGGCCCAGCUGCCACAGGUCAAAGUAUCAACAAAGGCACCAAGGUAGCCAGAGCCAAAGGCCUUAAUUCAGGGUGCUGGGUGUUCUGCAGGUGACAGUCCCCUGGGGAGGGAGGGGUGUAUCCAGGCUUACGUCACAGAUGGGGUGGCACUAUUCAGUGUUUACACAGAACUCUAUGGCUUGCCCUUCUACAGCUCUGUAAGUUUGUAAGAAUAAAUGCCAUCAUGCUAAUUGA